CUAUUUUCCGUUUCUUCGACGUAGAAUAGAUCUCGAUGGAAAUGAGAAAAGAACAAGACAAGCAGUUGAGAGUGUGAGGAAAUAUCAAGAUCCGGAAAUAGAUAUGAGAAUUAAACAAUGGCAAGAAGGAACAAAAAAAGAGAAAGAUGAUCUUCUUGAUGUUCUAAUCACUUUAAAGGAUGACCAAGGAAACACUCUAUUGACAUCGGAAGAGAUUAAGGCUCAAAUUUUGGAAAUAAUGGUAGCAACAAUUGACAACCCAUCAAACGCGGUCGAAUGGGCUAUUGCUGAGAUGAUAAAUCAACCAGAGACAUUGGUAAGAGCCGUUCAAGAAUUAGACCAGGUUGUCGGAAAGAACCGGCUUGUUCAAGAAUCCGACCUGAACAAUCUCAAUUACAUUAAAGCUUGCGUUAAAGAAUCUUUUCGUCUCCAUCCAAUAGUCGCAUUCAAUCUCCCACAUGUGUCUAUCUGUGACACCAUGGUGGCUGGUUAUUUCAUACCUAAGGGUAGCCAUAUUCUUUUGAGCUGUCCAGGUCUGGGACGUAACUCUAAAAUAUGGAAUGAACCGCUUCGAUUCAAUCCUGAGCGUCACCUUAAUUAUGAUGGCUCGCAUGUGAUAUUGAAUGAUCCUGAUCUCCACCUAUUGUCAUUUAGUAUAGGUCGGCGUGGUUGUCCCGCGGUUAACCUAGGAUCCACCAUCUCAAUUAUGUUAUUGGCUCGACUUCUUCAAGGUUUCACAUGGAGCCCCCCUCCAAAUACUACUUGCAUUAAACUUUUGGAGGCUAUUGAUGAGAUGUCUCUUUCCAAGCCUCUACUAGCCCUUGCAAGUCCGCGCUUGGAUGAGAGGUUGUAUGCAUGCAUCACUUAA